CUAAGUGAAUCUGCGCUGACCCAGAACAUAGCAUGUGUUUCCCUCUGGUCGAGACAGGCUGGCUGAGGAUUCACCGUCGGGCGAGUAGUCCAGCUGGUGCUGUAGGAUCUGCCAAAAGCACUGGGCAUAUGCUCCACAGCAUCUUCUGAAGCUUUUCCGACAAUAUCGUGGUGGAUUUUUUACCACCGCACAGCAGCUAUUCGUGAGUCAAAAGCAGUGGAUGGACAGACGGUGUAUGGAUGAUUUGCUAAUAUAUAGGAGGGAGAGAUACUGCAAUUGGCACAAUGGUAACCGACCCAAGAACACCGAGGUUGGCUCAGAUAACAGCGGCCAUGCUGGCUUGGUUCAGGUCCUUGCAGAACUUGUAACAAAUGUCAAUAACCCUUAAAUCCGAAAUUUGGAAAGGUAUCAUGCGGUUCUUUUUCAAUAUGAAAACUACUUUUUUGUUAGAGAAUGAACGAGAUGAACUGGAUAUUCAUGAUUGAAUAGCUAGUCUUCGAAUUAGAGUAUAGAUACAGGAGUUGGAAUGUGAUGAAUUCGACUCUAUUCCAUUCGUGAACCAUGGCUUAAAUACCUGCCGUGGGGCUGAGGGUCGCGCGUUAGCCUCUUAUUUCAGGUUCUAUGCUCACGAUAUGAUUCCAGACAUGGUGGUUGAAAUGAGAAAACUC